CACCUUGCACGAUAAUUUAACGUUUCAUCAGCUUAUGUUUGUUUUUACGUUUCACGAUAUUUCUUAUGUACAAAUAGCAACGAAUACUUAGUAAAUGAGUUCCUUAAACACAAGGCAAUAUAUGGUUAUCAUAAUCCUGCAAUAUGUUAUAUUGCUCUUUGACGUUUGCAUAAAUUCAUUCGCUAGCUUUGCCAGACAACACCCAACCGACUUGCUGGUACUUUAUGUGAUUCAAGACUUUUGCCUCAUCGUAGCCCUCACGUUACUCUUAGUAAAUUUCUUUUCCACUUACAUCUUCCAGGCUGGUUUGAUACAGCUACUGUACACAAGAUUCCGUAUGACAUUAGUAUUAUGUAUCAUCUAUAUGAUAUUAUCAAUUAGUUUGCAUACAUGGCACAUCAGUAUACAUUGGUCAAUGCCAUUAAAACAUUAUUGGACAAAAGAAUUUCACACUCUUUAUUCUACACAUAGAACAGUUGCAGUGCUAUAUUAUUACUUCUACAAAAGAGCCUCUCUGAGAAUCGGUGAUCCAAGAUUCUACAAAAGUUCUGCUUGGGUACAAAAGCAAUUGAGUAUUCCAUAAUUACAUGUAAAUAAAUUUUCGAUGAAACAUAAAGGGUAAUUGUAGCUUUGAUAAUAUAGAUGUAAGAAUAUAUCUAUGUAUUUUAAAUUUACUAUCUU